AUGGGCCAAAUUAUACGCAGAACAAGUUCCAUAAGAAGGCUCCAGCCAGCACUCAGCAAGGAGAAGGCCACGUUCAGUUUGAACACCAGGAUCACGAAGCCCAACGGCAAGAAGCCAGACAAGUUCAAGUUCGGCAUCUCCCAGGCUCUUCUGGAGCCAAAGAUGAACGUGGACCUCAAGGCUCAGCUCAGGGAGCUGAAUAUCAUAGCAGCCAAGGAAACUGAAGUUGGUGGUAGUCAGAAAGCUAUCAUGAUCUUUGUUCCUGUUUCUCGACUGAAAUCUUCCCAGAAAAUCCAAGUCUGGCUAGUACAUGAAUUGGAGAAAAAGUUCAGUGAGAAGCAUGUUGUCUUUAUUGCUCAGAGGAGAAUUCUGCCUAAGCCAACUUGAAAAAGCCAUACAAAAAAUAAGCAAAAGCAUCACAGGAGCUGUACUCUGAUAGCUGCGUACCAU